AUGGUCACCACAGCUGUGACAAGCCAUCUUGUUCCACACAUCUUUCUUGCACCACCACAACUACCAAGUAGCAGAACGCUGCUCGGAGUAAAAAGACUGUGUCAUCCCUCACUUCGAUCCCCAAUGCGUAAUAUAUGCGUCGUGUCAUGCCUCCCACCCUCUUCUUCUUCUUCUUCUUCUUCUUCUUCUUCUACACCCAGGACCCCCUUCAAUCCAUCCACCAAGCUCUUCAUCAGUGGGCUCUCAUUUCGGACUACAGAGGAGAGUUUAAGGAAUGCCUUCAAGAACUUCGGCAAGCUUGUAGAAGUAAAUCUGGUGAUGGAUAAAAUUGCGAACAGACCAAGAGGUUUUGCUUUCUUGCGAUAUGCAACGGAGGAGGAAUCUAAGAAAGCCAUUGAAGGAAUGCAUGGGAAGUUUCUGGAUGGCCGGGUAAUUUUUGUCGAAGUUGCAAAACCAAGAUCUGAGCUUCGACGAGGACUGAAGGAAGAACCGAAGCAGUUUUGA